CCGCUCCACGCGUUUCAAGCCAACCUCAUCGCGCCAACUUCACAUCUUCAUCCGGGAUAUUCAAAGAAAAACGCAACAUCAUGGAGUCUGCGAAUCGUGUUCAGCCUGUGGCCAUGCCAUGGGUUUCUGGCCUGCCACCGGAAGUUUGGACUAUGGUCGGCCAACAGGUUCGUUAACGUCCCCCUUGUCCUCUAGACGACUGCCUCAUUGGGAUAGCUGUAGGGGCAGAUAUUUACAGAAAGGAAUUUGGGAAAACGAAUCUAAUUUGAAUCAUAGAUAUCUGACCAAGUGACAAGAAAUUCUCUGCUACUUGUUUGCCGUGCUUUCAGGGAUGUAUUUACCCCUUUGGCACGAGAUACCUUGAUGUUCAAGGUUAAUGAUUUUGCACUUGAGAAGUUGGGCGAGAAGCCCUUGCCGCCUGGAGCUGUCAAUGUCAAGCAUCUCAUGGUUAGAAUGGAAGAGUUCUGUGAUGGGCCAAAUGGAGAACUUGCCCGCGAGGCUGAUACGCACAGCACAGAUGGAUUAUCCAUGUCGAGGGUUUCCUGA